UACGCAGCCGUUGAGACGCGAAUUUACUUCCUGCAGCUACUCCCAGCUUUCCUCGCUCAGAGUCUUUAAACAUGAUGGAGAUGAUGGCCAGCAAAGCAGGAGAAAAGGCGCUAAGAGAUUCAAACUGAGCGCAGGACCGAGCAUUUUAGGGAUGUGUUUACGAAAGCCCGCGGGGAUCACUGGGUCAGAAUGGCCACGGACUGAACGACAGCGGCACCCAGAGGUCCAGCGUGGAAUCUAUCGCCAAGUUGCUUCUGAAAUUCUGCCAGAAAAAAAUCUCAACUACUUUAAGGUGCCGAGUAUCAAAACCAGGACUUUGCGCUUUCCUAGACAAGCAACGUGCACGCAGCUGUAUCAUACCCUGCCUUUGGCACUCAUUUUUCAAGAUGAUAUAAUAAUGAAAUAUUUUCUCUUUGGAAAAAAUGUGGGGGUGUACUUGCCACUCUUGGUGGGACACAUCUGUAAUCCCAGCGCCCAGAAGGCAGGAGACCCAGCACAAGUUCGAAAUUAGCCAGGUCUACACAGAGUUCCAAGCCAGCCAGAGUGACAUAAAGCAUUAACAAAGAGUUCUCUUUACUAGAGAAAUUAUCCAUUGUAAAAAGAUAUAUCCUAAAAGCAAUAAUUCCUAGAGUUG